AUGCCGCCGAAGAGGUUCAAUCCUUUUCGUAUUCCGGACAGUUUACUUCAGGAUCCCGUGUUAUCAGAAGUUAUUGACAAAUAUCUUCCGAAUAAUUACAAUUUCGAAGUCCACAAAACUAUAUGGAGAAUCCGGUGCCUUAAAGCGAAGUGUAUUGCCCUUCAAAUGCCUGAGGGCCUUCUUCGGUUCGCCACAGUAUUAAGCGAAAUUUUCAAACGUUUUGGUCCCGAAAAUAGUGAGACUAACGCUGGUGACAAACGCAGUGACGGACAUGAAUUGGACGACAUUGACAUUGUCAUUCUGGGUGAUGUCUCCUACGGGGCCUGUUGCGUAGACGAUUUUUCAGCCAAAGCCCUUGGUGUUGACCUGCUUGUUCACUAUGGACAUAGCUGCUUGGUCCCUUUGCAAUCCCCUUCAAUACUGUGAGUUUUCAUGUCUACGGCAUUGGAUACAAACUACUUUAUAGAUCAGUGCACUAGAUGCAGUGCUCUUCAGAGUUUGCCUACCGAUGUUUUUGAUUAACCUGCAUCUUUUUACCAUCCGUUCCAGAACGUCUUUUUGCGUCUGCUUUUUAUCGCGUUUUCCCUUGAUGCAUUUGGCCUAGCAUCCAAACCAGACUGCCACUUAUCACUAAAAUUUGCCACUUGCCAGAAGUCUAACGUAAACUCUGAACGCGACUAGAACAAGCAGGAGGUUUACGAGAGCAGACGUGGAAACAUUAACUCAGCUGUUCAAGCAGCUCUUCUUCUCCCACCCUUAUCCACUGGAACUGAACAAGUGGGCUAGUUGUGGAUGUUGGUCCGUUGGGUAGUUCUCUUUUAAUUUGUCCCAUGUACGCAAGAACAACGGAGUUAACGGUACUCAAAAUAGCUCAUGCUUUAGUAUAAAGGGCUUCUUACCUAUACGCCAUGAUUUAUGUUUCGGAAAUGUUACGAAAGUUGUGAGGCUAAUGGCAUCGAAUGCAAAACGCGCACUUGAUUGAAUAGAACGCCGCAUACAACUACUUUACUCUACCCAUGAGCCUCCACUGAAACUACGUAUUGCGCGUAAGUUUCAGAAAACUGCCAACUUUGCGUGGUAAUAUAGCGGGACGAAAGUGUAAAACCAGUUAGAAUGUUCCCUCGCUCUUAUUUUCGGAAACCCACUGUCGUCCCAAAAUACCACGCUCCACAUACUUUAUCUGCACUGUUAUAGUAUUACGUUAAUGUCAUUCCACUGGCAUCUAGCUUCGUAUUCGGACUCUUAAAAGCAACUUUUCGACCUCAGCUACCGAACUAUAUUAAUGUAGCACCUACCAUGUGCAUGCGAAGACUAGUACCUAACUUCAGGCUGUUUUGGUUUACGUUUUAAUGUUACUACGACCUUUCUAUUCCAAAUGUUAGGUGCAGCCAAAUUUGGCUUAAUUUUUAGAAGCAAUCAACUGAUGUCUUUAGCCCAACCUCACUGCCAUUCAGUAUACAACAGUCUGACAAUUCCUUCGAACCAGCCUAGGCAAAUAGGUCAGACCUUUCGUCCCUUUGGUUGCUCCUGGAUCCCUUUUCAGAUUCCAUAACAUACCAUUGACAAACACCGCAUAGCGUAGAGUUCGAAUUUCUAUCUCUAGUACGUACCCUCAAUUCCAACUUUGCAAUAGGCGUACUUUCGCUCCCUCUAAGGGGUGCGCAUAUUUUUACGUUUCGUUUUCACUAUACUACAACAUAUAGUCUUCUCCUCUGGCCUUCCUUCUGGCUGUCCGGAAUUGCUUUCGUAUCCCAUUCAAGCAUCGAUCGCCUAGUAAUGCAUGGUCGUCAACCGCUUUCAACUGAUGACGGAAAAGUGCAAUUGUCCCGAUUCUCAGCAAUGCAACUUAGGAAUUAAAAAUUUCGCCCCUUAUCGGGUUGUCAAUAUAGUGCCACCUAGGUGCCCGUCGUAUCCUCGACGGCUCGCGUUCACUUCGUCUAUACGGACUGCUGAGUUUUUUGGCUGUAUCUACAUCCAAACUACAAUAUCUCGAAAAUAGGACAGUUCGGCCGUCGUUGUCGACGAUGUCCACCGUGUGCUCCACAACAAGGUGAGAGCGGGUACGGUGACGUGCCUGAAUUACUUUAUAGUGAUGGUGGACUUGCGCAGCAUAUGUCACACUCUCCUCCUGCCUGAGACCGGUGUCAAGACAUAGUCGAGAAGAUCGAAGGCAGGAGAAGGCGCAGGUUACUGGCAAGGCAGAACCCGCACCUAGGUGUGCCACCACAUUACCUGGUCCACAACAGACACUUGACCAGGAUUUUAACCAACAACAAAAGUGGGUCAGGAAUAGGGGAAUGACACAAGUCACUAGGCACCUAUGCACACGGCCUGUAUACCCAACGGUAGCGCAAACGCGUCCGCCAGCAGGAAAUCAGGCGCCAUAGAACUGCCAGCACACACCAGGCCACAAGGCCCAUGGAUUGCUGAGUUGUGGCAUAGCAGAUGCAUACUAUCUUUAAAGCCCAGAAGGGUGAGGCGCAGCUCUGUGUUUAGCCGGGGCCACCACCGUUCAAAGUCCUGGUAAGCAGUCAGUCGUAGACUGAGAGGCACAAACCGUAAAACCCACACAUACCUUACACGUGCGAGAGUGCCAAAGGUCACUCUGUAGCCUGACUAUCAGCCCACCUGUCCGCUACUCCACACAAAUGACAGUUCGACUGUCGUGCCCGACGAUGUCCAUCGUGUGUUUUACUGCAAGGUAAAACAGGCACAGUGACUUGUGCGUGACGCCGGUUAUAUUGAUGGUGGACUUCCGCUGCAUCUACUACACUCUCUCCCCCUUCUCCCAAACCUGGGCCAGGCAUCAAGACAGGGUCAAGAAGACCGGAGGCGAGAGGAGGCACAGGUGGAUGGUGCGGCCGAGUCGGCGCCUUGGCGUUCCACACCACACCCCCUGGUCCACACAACACUUGACCAGGAUCUUAACCAACAAAAAAGUGGGAGGCGGCAGGGAUCCCAAUUUGCGCGACGUGAGCCGGCCACUGGGCCUGCCAUCACUCCCCGAGCUUUGGAAUUUUUUAUGAUGCACAUUCGGAUUACUCCUGCCAGAAUCCAGUGCGGUCCCCAGGUUGGUCCAGCAUAUCUACCGCGUGGUCCGUUUGGAGAGCACAUUCCACAGAAAAGCACACAAGUGGGCAGACUGUGUGGUCUGAGUUAAGACGUCAGGCGGCAACCAUCUAAGCCACGACGCUUGGUACACGGUGAUUUUCGCAGGAUCGGAUCACACAUGCAGCAGAGGAGCCUCCUGGAGAAGGAGCCGAGGAGCACACUUCUAAUUUUCGUGAGAGGUGUCGGUAGUGUUUGUGCGGUGUGAUGGGUGAUGUCGAUGUGUGUUGCAGGUGCUGAUGGGUAAAGGUAUGAUGGUGUGGUGUAGCCAGCGAUUGUCUACUGCAGACUUUCACGAAUGCUCGUGUGGCCUAAUAGGCCCAUGCGGUGGCUGAAUGUGCGGGGGUAGUAUGGGCAACUAGGGCGAAUGCGUCUGGUGUGUGUUGACGUUCCAAGCACUGGUUAGCCAGUCUCCGUGGGAUGGAUUCGCAGGUGAACGACCAGGCCGAUGUGUGAGGUUUGUGUACGGGGACACUGUGGGCAGGAUAGGUCGGGAGCGUCAGAGUUGGCAUUCGUGGUGGUGGUGGGGGUGGAGCCGCUGCCGGUGGGUGCGCUGGACCAGAGGGGGGGGGGUAAUGAUUGGGCUAGGCACUGUGGUAGUGCAGGGUGUGCUAGGUGUGCCAAUAUUGCGUCGAUUUCCACUGUCGUGUAUGUGCAUGUGACUGAGUGGGCCCAUGCGGUGAAUGAAUGUGCGGAGACAGUGAAGGCAGUUGAGGUGGAUGCGGCGCGCAUAUGUAGGUGCUCCAAACGCUGGCUCGCCAGUUUCUGUGAAAUGGAAUUGCAACUGAUCGAUCAGGCCGAUGUGUAAGGUGGAUGUGCGACCGCAAUGAGGACAGGUUGGGACGCAGUCCACAUCGUUGCAGUUGGGGGUGCUGGUGGCGAUGGUAGCAGGUAAUGGAACGUCGGACGUCAUAGGGGAGGGAGUGCAAGAUGUUGUGGUGUUGGCGGAGUUGGUCGCUGUCGUCGACGCAGGGGUUGGGACAUGGCGGAUGAUAUCAGUCUGAUGGGGAGGGAGGGGUGGGGGGCAGCGACAAUAUGAUCAUCGGUGACGGCGACGGUCGUCAUCAUGGGCUUUGCAGCAGGGGGAUAGUUGGAGGAACAGUUGACGUCGGGUCGUCUUUGCACUGCGUCCGAAGGCGUCCAACAAGACCGAUACGCGCUCAGAAUGUGCGUCGGCGGUGCGGGCAUGUUGGAAGCGGCUGACUGUCGGCAUUGAGGAGUCAAGACACCUGUGACUUGCGAGCUAUCUUUUGGUUUUGGCCGCGGCGAUCCGAUUUGCUUCGUAGAAAGUUGCGCUAGUCUUCACUCCUCCUUUUGAUGCUGGUUUCUUCUGGGCGAGGUCCUCCCAGGUCUCGGGGUUGAUCUGCAGUCGUUUCAGAGAGUUCUUCGGUGUCCUUUUAGCGUCACUUUUGUCCUCCUUGUCGACGAGUAUCAGUGGCGAAGUCACCGUAGAAGAGUUGUUUUGGUAGACAUGUAUCUUUCAUCCUCACGAAACGGCCGCUCCAACGUAGUUGCACUUGUCUCGACAUGGCGUAAAUGCUGAGUAUUCCGGUUCGUUCUAGAACCUUCGUGUCGAGGAUCCUUUCCUGCCGUCUCAGCCUUACAAUUCUGCGAAAGCAGCUGAGAUGGAAGAGGUUGAGCCUCCUGCUAUGGCUGGAGUAGACACUAAGUCUCCGCCCCUUACAGAAGUAUCAUCAGGACGACGGCCCUGUACAUCUUCGGUUCGAUGUUCGUUUGAAGGCCGUGGCGAUUUUACACGGCCGGCUGAAGACUUGGCUGGCUUUGGAGAUCCGUUGGGCCACUUCGUCGUCAAUUUUGUGCUGCAGGAAAGUGUGCUUCCUAAUUAAGCCUAGUUGUUCACAAUUUUGAGUUGGUUACCGUAGACAGUGAUUCGAGGAGUAGUGCUGUUUCGCGUGUUGGGUAACGGUUGGUGCAUGACCACCGUUUUGUCCGUGCUGAUAGUCAGGCCAAAGUCUACGCCCCCGGCGGCGAGGAGGUCCAUGCUCCUUUGCAUGUCUUCUUUGGUCGUAAUGCUGAGGACGUUGUCGUCGGCGAAGAGCAGAUCGUGGACGGUGGCCGUAGAUAGUCGCGUAGGGGCCUGCGUGCGCCAGCUGUUGAGGAGAUACCCGUCAGUUCUGUAGGUGAUGCGUAUCCCUGGGCGCCCAUCACGGCGGGCGUCCAUCAGCAUGGCAGAGGACAUGAGGCUGAAGAGGUUGCGCGUGAGUACGCAGCCAUACUUCGCUCCAUUGGCCACUGCGAAUGCCUCGGAGAUUGCACCGUUGUCCGUGACGCGCACCAUCACUCCGUCGUGAAGCUGACUUACCAUGUGCAUGAAUAGUUGAGGAAAGCCGAAUUUCUGCAUCAUUUUCCACAGUCCCUUGCGAUUCACCGUAUCAAAGGCCUUCGUAAAGUCCACGAAGGUAGUGUAGGGGUGGGUUCGCAUCUGCUGGCACCUCCUGUAGCUGGUGGGUGGCAAGUACCAUGUCGGUUGUGCCCCGGUGUUGUUGGAAUCCACAUUGACUUUCCGACAGAAGCCUUUGCUCUUGGCGGACGUUGAAACGGUUAUGUAGGAUGCGGACGAAGAUCUUCCGUGAGAUGUUUGGUAGCGAGAUGCCUUUGUGAUUCUCAUAAAGUUGCCGAUUCUCCUUCAGCUUAUAGAGGUGAACGAUGGUUGUGUCCUUGAAAUGCUGAGGAACUUGUCCACAGCGCCACAUCUCCCGAAACAGAACUGCAAAAUGAUCUAUCAGUCUCUGACCGCCGUAGUUGUAGAUUUAAGCUGUGGUCGCAUCGGGGUCUGGUGCGUUCCUACCGGACAAUUGUUAUUCGGUGCGGAUGUUUUCUGGGAGGAUCACUGUAGAUCCAGGUCGACGUUGAUUUCCGCUUGUGGGAACCGGUCGAUGACGGCGUCGGAGAUUGUGGAGGGACGGUUGAGGAUGCAUCUGAAGUGCUCAGCCCAGUGCUUCAGAAUCUGCAAACUCCCGUCAGGGGGGUUGAUCCAUCGUAGCUGGCGAGCCGCACGAUUCCUCCUGUUGGGCGACCGUAGAUCGCCUUGACCGCAGCGAAGAAGUCCUUCCAUUCGUUGCGAUUGACAUAUCCCUGGAUCCCAGGAGUCCUGUAUUUCUCGCAAUCGCAACUGCGCAAGGCGACGACAUUGUUAGAAGGCUGCUUUGUUCACAUCGGUUGGACCGUCCAGGUAGGCUCUGCGCAGCCUGUUCUCGGCGAGUAGGUUGAUGGCUGCUUCGUUGUCGAACCAGUUGCGGUGCUGACGACGUGCGCGGCCGAGGACACUCAUGGCCGUCGAAUGGACGGCGUUCCGCAGUAUGCACCGUCGAGUCACGGGUGUGUUUUCGUCCAGAGGCAGCAGGUCAUCAAGCCGCCGAAAUGCAUGCGGUGAGCAGGCAAAAACAACAAAGCGGUAUUCAAUUUACCUGGUGAUCACUUACCUAGUGUCCUCCAGCAGACGGCGCCUCAUGUUGGAGAUGACGAGGCAGUGGUCCGUCCAGCCAUCGGUGUCGCAGAUCGUCUUCGUCACCAACACGCCUACUCGAUCGCGCUGACGGACGAUAAUAUUGUCCAGUAACUGCCAGCGCUGCGAUUGGGGUGCAUCCAGAUGGCCUUCUUCCGUAUAGGCAGGCGGAAGAAGGUAUUAGUCAGCAGGAGGUGCUGUCCAGUGUAGGUUCUUGGGAGGAGGAGGCCAUUGUAGUUACAGCGGGCGAUCCCGUGAGGACCCAGGACUACCGUCCGGGCAGCACAGUCUGUCCCGACGCAAGCGUUGCAAUCAAAGGACAAGCAGCUUGUCCGCCCUCGUACAGACGUCAGGAGGUCGUGCAGGUCUUCGUAGAACUUUGUCUUGGCCUCGUCAGAUCCGGUCGUGUGGUGGGACGUAGGCGCUGAUAGUAGCGGCGAAUUGGGAUCUUCAAAGCAACAGACAGGGCAGUCGUCCCAUGAUGUCGUUUCGGAAGUCAAGGGCGACGCCCGCUUCCUCGUCGCCCUGACCUGGGGCAGCCGCUCCAGAAGAAAGUGUAACUGGCACCCACUUCCUCCAGUCGGCCUUGUUUGGAGAAGUGGGUCUCGCUGAGUGCAGCAAUGUCCAUCAUGUAACGCAUCAGUCCUCAAGUGACUAGCGUCGUCGUCGUCCGUUCCGGUCGGUUGCUUUUGGGGUUGUCUAAAAUGGACUUGAAAUUCCGGGCUGCCAGGGUGGGCGGACUCACACUGAAAGCCUGUGGGUGGGGCGGAGGUCAGGGGGAGGGAGAAGAGUGAGACUGCUGCUUCUUGCCUGAUUGUUUCGACCGUGGGAUUUACGUCUGAGUCACGAUAUACUAGCUGAUGGUGCGGUUCCCCAGCAUUUAUUUACUGCACCUUUUCUGGUCUUUGCCUCCGCGAGGAGGCAUGCAUUGCUGCCCCUAAAUAGAGCUGCUUAGUCGUCCCAGACGGCUGCUGAACUCCACUAUGGGCCACGGAUUGGUUUAGUGAGAGGACGAUCCGAUUGACUUGGGCCGUCUACACUAUUGCGGGUUGCGUUUGCCGUAGGACCUUUUGACCGCGAGGGAAAAGAGUAGAGUGAAAGGAGGGGAAGGGGAGCAGAAUUACCGUGUGUGGGGACCCGCACGUCACCGGAUACCCUCACCUAGUUUAGCCCGUCGUUCGAGGCGGCUGCCGGGGUGUAGGCGUCAGGCAGAACCUAGCUUCGAGAAGCGACAGAUGAGAGUUGGGUGCCAGUUAAUGGAUGCUAGGCGCAGUUAACACAGGCAAGCAAGUGAAUGAUCUAGUACCACUAUCACGUGGACCAACAACUGGUCAUCCUUGCACCCCUCUCGGAAAUCAAGUAGUUUGAACACAUGAAACUUCACAGGUGAAUGCAUUUUCACGAAUUAGAAUUCAGUCUAACAACAUACUCCCCGAAAAAGGUGUUAUUCCCACGAUAAUGGAUCAAAAGAUAUCUGGGAGCCAAUACUUUGUUCUCCUGCCGGUAAAGCGACUAAAUCCCGGUUGCAGUGCUAAACCACCGCAUCCAUUCGCUUUAUUUUGUCCUGAUCUACUAUUUAGAUCGAGAAUUUUUUUGCCUAUAACAUUUGACAGCUUUUCCGUUAUUUUUAAGUUACGUUUUCGUGGACAUACAAUUUGACAUGCCUCACUUCGUCGACACAAUAAAAUCCAAUUAUCCUGAGGGUUCGCGACUUGCUCUGACUUCGACGAUACAGUUUGUGACGAGUUUGCCGUCGCUAAAGAAGGCCCUCGAAGAUAGCGGCUUCCAUCCAAUCAUUCCCCAAGUCCUUCCUCUAUCGCCCGGAGAGAUUCUUGGAUGCACUUCCCCACGGGUAGGCGUCCAUUCCUUGUUUCCAAGUUUUUUCCACUUAUCUUUCUCCUCUACUACCAAUAUGCUCUAACUGUUUGACUUGUUGGGAACAGGCACCUGCGAUAAUUCAUUGUUAGCCACGCUAGGCCGCAGACACAUUGUCUGGAUUAUGGUUGGGGUUGUGUCCUCAGCUUUCGUUCUUAAGGCUCCAACUCCUUCACGUCAGCUGCAAAUCCACCAGUUCUCGCCGAUUGGGGGAGGUUUGAUUUUCGGGGAAAAGGCAUCAACAUUUAAUUUUGAGAAGCGUCUCUGCCGAUCACCUGGCGGAACUCAUGUUGUGCUUCAUGUGGACGGGCACACUGACUGUUGACUGCUCUGUACGCAAUAGUGUCACUGCAGGCGCAAGUUAGAAAGUGAGCUACUUACGAAUUACAUCUCGAGGAUGGCAAAAGGCAAGUGGACCUUAACCAUACUGCCACUGAUAUUCAGAUUGAGUUGUCAAGUUGGGUGUAUAUUUCAGAUUAGUCGCCGUGUGUACUAUUGUCUUUCACAGUCAGUGGACAGCAGACACAAGGAAGUUCGACCACUUGACACAACCGUAGAUAUCGGAUCUAGCGUUGCGCUAUAAGUCCGCUUCCGUUCCUCUGCCGUGUCUUGGCCAUCUUGCCGUCGUCGCCAGCUAGAACCAUGCUUGGACAAAAUAGCAUUGCGGAAAAGAUCGCCCUUCAGUCAGCGUGAUAUAUGGAUUAGUCAUAUGAGCCAGCAAAUCGGCAGGGGCGGCAGAGUUCCUAACUGGCUUUAUUGUUUUAGUCAAGAGGUGUUAUUGAUAGGUGCGGUAGAUUUCUGGCCUUUCUCAUUGCCAUUCAGCGCUAAUCCAGGACACCGGCAAAAGCAGUGAAUGCUCCUCUCGCUUGACUCAUUAUUGUCGUCCUUUCAGGAUUACCUUUGAAACUAAAUCGGAAGAUCGAACAAUAGCGCAAUAGACCAAUGGAAACACUGGUACAAUAUAUUGUGGCCGCCGCCUGCCUCCCCCCUCAGGCGCCAAGUGGCAAACAAUUAGUCCUUUUCUACCCUUGCGCUUCCGUCUAUAGACUCGGUCGGCAUGACGCCGCAACCGCCCCGACUAAGCGCGGCGAGGCUUCACUUAUGCGCCAUGAAUCGAUGCCAUCAUGAGCUCCACCUGUGCUUGUUCGUGGUGUUAUUUUCAGUGAUCGAAACCGACAGGGCAACGGGCUCGUGGCCCAGUGGUUAAAGGCGUGGGCUUCUAACUAACAGGUCGCGAGUUCGAGCCUCGGUUGUUCCACACUUCGGGGUUGAGUAUGACUGGCUGACGACGGCUAAUAAGUCAGAAAUGGCCAUUCCAGUCUCCCUUGUCUUUGUUGGUAAUAACAUAAUGUGACAACUGUCCCUGCGGAGACUGUUGACAUUUAAAAUGGACGUCGUACGGUUGUCAGACAUUCCAUUGAGUGAAGUCUUGCCUUUCGGGGUAAUUAGAACUGUACUGUACGAAGGAGAUAAAUCAAUGCAGACCGUCGUUUGAAUUGCAAAGGGCUUGUCAGUUUCACCGAAGUGAACCGCUUAUAGAGGACGUCUGCUUUCGGCACCGGAGGUGGCAUUCACUCGCCUGAUGCUUCAACGGCUACCAUAUCCAAGGUCAAAGCGAGUUCAUGCUUGUCCGAGUACAUUGACCAAAGCCACCAUUAGACCCGCCCAAUGCCGAGUACGAACACCAGCAGCGAGGAUGACCCUGGCCAUGUUAUUGCGAGGCUGGGGCUACCGCUCAAAUUAUGUCCAGUCGGAAAUAUGUAGUUUGCGUAUCCUUGCACUCCAAGGCAUCUUCGAUCGAAACCGACUGACAAUGUUCAAAGUCCCUCUCAGCCGGCUUUGAGGACAGAUCGAGCGCCGAAGGUACUAGCUAUCUGAAGAACCGAUUACUCUGCCUGAUAGCGUUAAAGCUCAUGGCCUUCAUGCGUAAGGAGACCGCGUUGUGCAUGGGACGAACGCGACCAGCUCUGCAGCCGGAUUAUCGGAGAUAUUGAGCCAUAAUACCAAGAGAUUGUGCCAAUAGUUGCGAAUGAAUCAGUCGGCCUCAGUAAUCACCAGGUUGCGAUGAUAACAUCCGUUUCGGAUACAACAGAUUUUGGAUUCCAUUAUUGUUGCAAUUCGUAGUUGAAACUAUAAAUUUACUUUCUUCAAAAGCGUGAAAACGAAGUCAUUAAAGUAUUGCGGUUAAGCAAUAAAACAUGAGUUCCAGUUGGCCAAACAGUUAGCGUCUUUCGUCGGAAUCGAAGAAUGUUCACUGGUUCUGAAAAACCCGCCUAUCUAUACCAUGGUCCUUAGCAUCAUCUCACAAAGGCAGUCAUCUGUAAAACAGCCCUUGUUUUUUAAACUGUUCCUUCAUUACUAUUAGCACAAUUCACCCACAGUGUUUUCACCUUUCUUUCAGGUUUCGGACGUUGACUUCCUGUUAUUUAUCGGCGACGGCCGCUUCCAUCUGGAAUCGCUCAUGCUGGCCAAUCCAAACAUACCGGCUUACUUAUACGAUCCCUAUAACAAAACCCUUACUCACGAGAUUUACGACCAUGAAAGAAUGCGAGCAACACGUCGACGGGCAAUAGAAGCCGCCUCAUCUGCCCAGCGAUUUGGUAUAAUUCUAGGUGAGUUGUUUCCUUUCUCCUACUUCUGUGCAGUAAGAUAUUGUGUCUUCUCUGGUUAUCUGACUGCAUCUGUUGACUAGACGUGAACUCCCAUCUUAUACAUUGUAGUACUUAGCAACUUGAAUCGUUAUACUCGUAUGCAACACUGGGAAUUAUUUAUAAGUUGUAAACUAUAUAUAGCGUCCUUUCAGCAGGCCUCAUGGUGUUAUUAUCAUGACCCCCAUCGUCGUAUUUUAAACACAAGGUUUCCAGAAGUGCAUUAGUCCGAGACAGAAAGUAUACCGUGAUCUUGGAAAUAGAAUGAGAUCGUUUGUUCAUCUGGGCUUUCUACGUCAUUAGCGACUUUGCCCUCUCGUCCGGACCGGCCGAUCCUAAGGAGGUUUGGUUGAUUCAAGUGUCCAUUGCAUCGCAUUUGUAUGAUUUCAGGCGGUAUCGCAAACGUCGGAACAAUUGCGGUCUACCAGACGGGGGAUUCUUCUCGUAUCUUUUGUGUAAUCCGGUUUUGUUUUAUCUGUCUAAAGGCACGCUUGGACGUCAGGGAUCUCCGCCGGUUGUACAGAUGUUACAAAAACGGUUGGAAGACCUUCGACGGAAGUUCUUUAUUGUCCUCUUAUCUGAGAUAACUCCCGCUAAGCUCGACUUGUUUGGCGCCGACGUAGAUGUAUGGAUCCAGGUUAGCACCUCGAUUUGCCCCGUUUAAAUUCCCCUUGCUAGCGAAGCUCGUUUUCAUCUAUGUCAAAUUUUGCAUUUGCGUCUGCAGGUCGCUUGUCCUCGCCUGAGCAUCGAUUGGGGCUCCCAGUUCUCGAAGCCCCUCCUGACCCCCUACGAGGCCUCCGUUGCCCUGGGUUUGGCUGGUUCUGCCGAGUGGACCGAUGAGAGUCCGUACCCUACUGACUACUACGCCAACGAUAGUCGGGGACCAUGGACGCCCAACCACAAAGCCAAUAGACCGAUCGUUGCGGCCUUGCAUCGGCCGACGUCUACGAAGCCUACUGGCUCUCCUAAAUGCACAGAAACUUGCCCGUGUACAGAUGCUUCCUGA